AUGAGCCCAGACUGGAUUACCGCCCGUCAGAUUGAAUCGGCUCGUAUCGCCAUUUCCCGUAGCCUCCUGCGCGGUGGACGCACCUGGAUCCGCAUCUUCCCCGACAAGGCGGUAUCCAAGAAACCGGCGGAAGUGCGCAUGGGCGGCGGGAAGGCGGCAAACGACCACUGGGUCGCAGUGGUGAAGCCGGGACGCAUCAUGUUUGAAGUGGGCGGUGUGCCCCUGAACCAGGCGGAAGAAGCCCUGCGGCGCGCGGCCCACAAACUGCCGAUCCCUACCAAGAUUGUCUACAAGGACCGGAUCACGGCCUUGCUAUCGGGAACCGGUGGCUGA